GCCUUGACAAAUUUUAGCUGAUGCCGAAGUUCAGCCGUUCCAGAUGGCGGGCCACGCGCCUUUUGUUCUGUCUCAGAAGUGCAAGUUGCUAUGCGUGGACAAGUCAUUCUCCUGGCUCAGUCGCUGAUAUCUCCAGUCUCUUAUAGAUAUCCCUUGCCUGCUGCCUUGUAGACAGUCAAUAUGCCUGUGUCGAUAGACAUCAUCCCAUUUUCAGGUUCUUUGGAAUUGUAUGGUGAACCAGACUUUUCAUCUGCCUUCUCUCUGGCAGGCCAUGUGUCUAUCUCGCUCAGUUCACCUUCAUUUAUGUUCCAGCGCCGGCGGAGCACAACGCGUGCUUUGAUGCAAUCGCUCACCGUCACAUUUGAGGGACAAUCCGAAAUGAUCACCCCAGACAUUGGGUAUGCCCCUUUGCGGCUCUGCUCCAUCACUCGUGAGCUUGUAAAUGGUGAACCCGUCGACCUUUCCAACGAAGGGCACGAAGAUUCCAAUAAGCCCUGCUCUUGGAAUGUCAUUUUUGACAUCCCUGUUCCUGGCUGGUUGCCGACUACAUCUGCGUACGGAGAUCGCAAUGCAGUUGAAGCUGGGACGCGCUACGCUUUGUAUGCCACUGCAACUUUUAUCUAUCUUGAGGAUGGCAGCUCCUCUAUAUUUAGCAGCUUUUGUUCACCUUUUGGCUGUCGCACUCACACAAUCCACGCGCCAAGAUGUCCAGUCACUCUCGUUCGUUUUGCCGAGGUUCCUUCUGCCCCUUCUUCUUCGUCCUCCACUUCUGUCUUCCCGAUGGCAUUGUUCAUCGUCGAUGCGCAAUUAGGGAAAGAUGACACAGAAACGGCUAUUCCGCCUGAAGUCCUGAAAAAGAUUCAGGUCGUCGCGUCCAUUCCUACCGCAGUGACUUUGGAUGAGACAUCCGUUCCUCUCAUCCUGCGCUUACAAGGCAACGAACUGGACGCCUCUCAGCGAGAGCGCCUUCGAAUAACCGAUUUCACUGUUGACGUUGAACAGACUGAAACGUACAGGAGCACUACUUCUCUUGAUCGCGUAGCUCGAUUUAUGGUCCCGCCUAGGACACAACAACCUCCUUCUCUCCCCCUUCGGAAUGCACAUUCCGUGCAUACACUCUAUGAGAUUGGCCUUCUCAUGAAUCCAUAUCCCUCCAAAUCUACUUCAACUCGUUCGUUUUCCCUCUUUGAUCCCUCGAAUUCCGGGAAGUACGCUAUUUCUGGCGACGGUCGCAUCUUCAUGAAUGACUCUCCAGAAGGCGAUGCGACCACUCGUUCUUCGUCUGAGAACUGGUAUGUGCUCGAGGCAAAUAUACCUGUGGCACCAGAGCCCCACCAAUUGGAUUGGGCUGGGCUCCGCGGCCGACGCAUAUCUGAAAAUAGCCCUCUUUUUAGUGUGUCCCACAUGAUGCACAUUGCGCUCCGGUGUGUCUACGAACAACCCGACGGCGAGAUUGUGAGCGAACGCCUCCACUUUUCACUGCCCAUGCAGCAUGUGCAGGUGGCUCCCCCAUCAAUUAUGCCACCCGCUGAGGAUCGCACCAUCGUGGGUGAAAUAGAGCUCCAUAAAAGCGCUCCAUACAGCCAGAGUCUUCCCGCAUACUCUCAGCUCUUCUACUCGAAUGGAGAGCGCAAGAUCGAUUACUCAACUCCUCUCCCACUUUACGAACCUCCACCAUCAGCUUCGUCAUCAUCUUCGUUCACCCUUGAUCACAGUGACGACAAUCGAAAAUCAAUCUGAUAAUUUUCGGAAUUGCAUAUACACCGACACUCGCAUACCGAAACCGAAGACAUUAAUAUCGUCAUGUAAUAUUUUAGACGUUCCGGCAGUCCACCGUACUUUCCGUCCUUUCGUUCCAUUAUCGUCCUGCUUUUUCGUCUUCUUUCAUUCUGCUGAUCUGGCAGCUUUGCUUGUCU